CUCCCCCCCCCUCUCUUCCAGCUCUGCGGCUUUUGUGCCUCCACCCCUUCUCGUGAUUCGAUCGGAGGGUCUCAAUUUCUUUCAGAAUGCUGGCACGUUCAGUCCUCCGCUCGGUGCCCGCCCGAGGCAUCGCACGCCCGACGCUGGGCAAGACCUCGACGCGCGCCGCUUCCUCGACAGCCGGCCCCGAGGCCACCAGCUCCCCUUUCAACCUCACACUUAUUGCUGCCGCCGCGACCGUCGCCACAGUCGGGACUGCGACCUAUGCUUGGGGACAGGAUGCAUUUGCGAUGACGCCUGCUGAGGAGGGUCUGCACGCUACCCAAUACCCUUGGGAACACGCCAAGUGGAACAAGACCUUUGAUCACGCUGCUCUGCGCCGUGGUUUCCAGGUCUACCGUGAGGUUUGCGCUUCCUGCCACUCUCUUACCCGUGUCCCCUGGCGCUCGUUUGUUGGUGUUAUGCACACCGUGGACGAGAUGAAGGCCAUGGCCGAGGAGAACGAGUACGACACCGAGCCCAACAACGAGGGUGAGAUUGAGAAGCGCCCUGGCAAGCUUUCCGACUACAUCCCUGCCCCCUACAAGAACGAAGAGGCUGCCCGUGCCGCCAACGGUGGUGCCCUGCCUCCUGAUCUGAGCUUGAUCGUCAAGGGUCGCCACGGCGGCUGCAACUACAUUUUCUCCCUCCUGACCGGCUACCCUGACGAGAUCCCUGCUGGUGCCUCCGUCGCCGAGGGCAUGAACUUCAACCCCUACUUCCCCGGAACUGGUAUUGCCAUGGCCCGUGUCCUCUUCGACGGCGUGGUCGAGUACGAGGACGGUACCCCCGCCACCACCUCCCAGAUGGCCAAGGACGUUGUUGAGUUCCUCAACUGGGCCGCCGAGCCCGAGAUGGACGAGCGCAAGAAGAUGGGUGCCAAGGCCAUUGCCAUCCUCACCGGUCUCUUUGCUCUGAGCGUCUGGGUCAAGCGCUACAAGUGGGCCCCGAUCAAGACACGGAAGAUUGUGUACACACCCCCGGUCUCCCGUCGCUAGAUAAAUAAUCUGCAGGCUGUGGUUGACAGGCCGGGAAAAGCUCGAGUCUGAUCUCAAGCCGCCUGAUUGAUCUUGAACACUCUCCCUUCUUCUCGGCCUGCCGAUGACGACCUGCCUGUUUUGUUAGAGCCGUCUCUCAGAACACUUGUAUCUGUGUACCCU